CUCAACCUCUCAACCUCAACAAACAAAAUGACAAAUUAUUACUCUAUUAGCCGGAGGAAAUCUAACAAAAGUACAAAUUUACUCUAUGGUUUUAAUACUAAAAGUUUACAAAUUUAUGAGAAAAAAUCAGGGGCAAACAAUUGGAUAUACGACUAGUUCAUCCCAAGUUUGGAUCGACUCUCCGAUCUUCUUCUGCAACUCCGGCGACCUAAAACAUUCUUCAUCCAUCAACAUCGGUCGCCGCCUGCGAAGGUGAGUGGACCACAAGUUUUCUUCUCCAGAUCCAAAAACUGAAACCAUGGCGGACUUACUGGUGGGAGGAGCUCUUCUCUCUGGUUUCAUCAAUGUCCUCUUUGAUAGACUAGCUUCUAAAGAGGUCCUCAACUUCAUUAGAGGAAAGAAAGUUAUUCCUAAGUUGCUUAAAGAGAUGGAGAUUACAUUGAUGUCUGCUAAUGUACUGCUGAACGAUGCCGAGGACAAGCAACUUGGAGACAACAAUGUGAAGAAGUGGCUUGAAGAUCUUAAAGAAGUACUUUAUAAAGCUGAUCACAUGGUGGACAAGAUCAACACUAAAGCUUUGCAACUCAGGAUGGAGAAAGAUGAACGCAAAAGGGCAAAAAGUAAGUUCACAAACCUUAUUCCAAACAUGUUUAGUUCAUUUGACAAUGCUGUGAAAUCUGAAUUAGCAGAUAUCCUCGGUUCAUUGAACCAUCUUUUAGCUCAGACAAAAUUCCUUGGUUUGAAAAAAGUUGACCAAAGAACAACAUUACAUAGAUUACCUGCUCCUUUGCUGGAAGAUUCAGAGGUUUUUGGAAGAGAUGAUGAUAAGGAGGCUAUCAUUAAGAUAUUGUUGUGUGACGAUGUUGGAGAACAUAAGAUAUCUGUUAUUCCAAUAGUAGGGAUGGGUGGUCUUGGCAAAACUACUCUUGCUCAGCUUGUUUACAAUGAUAGCAAUGUCCAAGAACAUUUUGACUUGAAAGCUUGGGUCACAGUUUCAGAAGAAUUUGAUGUUUUUAAAAUAACUAAACUUAUUUUGGAGACAAUCACUUCUAGUGGGUGUGGAAUUACAGAUCUAUAUCAACUUCAGAAUGAAUUGAAGAAGGUUUUGACUGGGAAGAAAUUUCUUUUUGUUCAUGAUGAUGUUUGGAACGAAAAAUAUGAGUUGUGGGACUCUUUGAAAAGUUCGUUUCAAUCUGGCGCACUUGGAAGUAAAAUUAUUGUGACCACGCGUAGUAAUGCUGUUGCAAUGAAGAUGAAGACCGGAAAUGUUCAACCAUACGAACUUAAAGAAAUAUCUAAUGAUGAUUGUUGGAAGCUGUUUGCAAAACAUGUCAUUGAUAAUACAGGCAUAGAUGAUUUACGUCAAGACUUGCAAGAAAUUGGAAAGCAAAUUAUUGAAAAGUGCAAGGGCCAUCCUUUAGCUGUAAAAUCAAUGGCUGGUCUAUUACGAUCUAUGUCAACUUGCGAGGAGUGGACACAUGUAUUGCAAAGUGGUGUAUGGGAAUUGCCCAACUCUCGCGACAUUGGAAUUGUUCCAGCUUUGUGGUUAAGCUAUCGAUAUUUGCCUCCGCAUUUGAAGCCAUGUUUUUCUUUUCUCUCCAUAUUUCCCAAAGAUUAUAAAUUUUCGAAAUAUGAUAGAGAAAAACUAAUCUUAUUAUGGAUGGCACAAGGACUUUUGCAACCUCAAGGAGGAAACAGAAUUGAAGAUGUUGGAGAAGACUACUUGAAUGCUCUAAUAUCAAGAUCAUUUUUUCAAAGAUCCGGACCUAAUCAAUUUGAUCUUUCUAUGCACGAUCUUAUACAUGAUCUAGCUAUAUAUGUAUCAGGUGAGUGUAGUUUUAACUAUGAUAAUUGUCAAGACUUGCAUAAACUUACGAAAAAUACUCACCAUUUUUCAUUUAUGAAAGGCGAGAAUGACAUGAGAAAAUUUGAGAACUUAUCUAGACUGAAGUAUUUGCGUAGCAUGUUAGCUUUCCCAUUGUCAUCUACUUAUAAGAUAGAAUCAACAUUUGGAAUGGUGCUAAAGGUUGGAGGAUGCUUAAGAGUUCUUUCUUUACACGGUUAUUAUGUCAGAGAGUUGCCUGAUUCAAUUGGCUAUUUAAAGCAUCUGAGGUAUUUGGAAGUAUCUUGCCCAUUUGUCACAGAAUUACCAACUUCAAUUUGUGUGUUGUACAAUUUGGAAACACUAUUGUUGGAAGAUUGCAGUAGACUCACGCAAUUGCCUACCAACUUUUCUAAGCUAAUCAAGUUGCGUCAUCUUAGGAUCGGAGGCACAUCUUUGAAAGAGAUGCCACCUAGGAUUUGCAAUAUGAUAAAUCUCCAAACUUUAAGUGGUUUUGUUUUGCGUGAAAAUGGUGGAUCAAGGAUCAAAGAGUUGGGUAACUUGGAGAAUUUGCAUGGAAGCUUGUGUAUUUCAGGCCUUGAGUAUAUUAGGGAUGUGAGUGAUGUUUUGGAAGGCAACUUGAAGAGCAAAAAGUAUCUUACUGAGCUUAUUUUGAAUUGGAAAGGUGAUGUUGAUGAUUCAGCUAGAGCAAAGGAAGUACUUGAUGCACUCCAACCACACGUAAAGUUGAAGAGACUCACAAUUAAAGGUUACAGUGGUACAAGCUUGCCAAAUUGGGUAACACAUCCAUCGUAUUGUAACUUGGAAAGUGUUUAUCUAAGAAACUGUAAAUAUUGUUGUGUGUCACUGCAAUCGUUUCAGCAGCUAAGUUCACUCAAAGAUCUUAGGAUUAUGAAGAGUCCUCAUGUCCGUGAUGAUUUUCACGGUAUUUCUUUGAAUAAGCAAUUUCAAUUCCUAACAGUUUUACAUCUCUCUGAUAUGAUUACGCUGGAUUGGUCGUUUGCUAAUGCAGAUAAGGGUGAGAUUUUCCCCUGUUUAGAGGAGUUUGAGUUAGAAAGAUGUCAAAAGGUAAAUAUGGCAUUGCCUGUUUGCAAUUUUCCAUCUUUGAAAUGUAUCGACAUUACAUCUUGCAAUGAAUUGGUGACUGUAUUUCCAGCAAGUGCACAUGUUGACUCUACAUACCCUCGCCUUAAAAAGUUGUUCAUAAGGGGAUGUCCAAGGGUUGAGUCAUUUUCAGAAAUGGGAUUAUUGCCCAUUACUUUAAAAACUCUGUCCAUUGAGUCAUGCGAUAUGCUCAUUGAAAAUCGCAUGAGAUGGAAUUUACAAAGAAACUCUUCACUGAAACAGUUAGAAAUUAUAGAAUGUGGUGGAGUGGUAGAUUCUUUUCCAGAGGAGUGGUUGCUUCCACCAACUUUAAGAAUUCUCUCAAUCAAAUUUUGUUCGAACCUUAAAGUUCUAAAUGGAAAAAGCUUUCAGCACCUAACCUCUCUUCAAGAAUUGAAUCUUCAUUACUUGGAAAAAUUAGAGUGCUUACCAAAUGAAGGACUGCCCCAGACUCUUACUUCUCUGGAUAUUGAUGGUUGUGAUUUGCUAAUUUCUCAAAAGGGUGUUUGGUAGUUCUGAGGGGAGUGCUACCACUGGUGUUUCUUAUGGUUACUCUAGAUGAUGAUGCUGAAAAGGGAUUUCAGAUGAGAACUAUUCUGAUUAAGAGAUGACAAGAUUGAACUUUUUUAUUUUUUUGGGGUAAUUUUGUCUUCAUCAAUCUUUGUUUUGGUUUGACACCAAAGCCAAGUGGAUUAGAAGGUCGACAUGUCAUUUAGUUUUGAUGAAGACAUUUAUGUGAAAAUGGUUUUGCCGUGAUGAUUGAAUCUCAAAGAUCUCAGCAAAUGGGACAAUAAAUGUCAACUCCCAAGUGGGUAUUUCUCUCUUUGUUGUCAUUAUCUAUUAUUAUUAAUUUGCAAGAAAUUGUUUAUUCUUAAUUUGUGAGUGAGUUAGAGAGUGAGAUGGAUGUUGUGUUGUAAACAUUAAGUACUUCAGACUAUUAUACCAAAUUAAUUCUGAAGCUUCUUGAUGUUCUCAGUCUAUGUCUUUAUAUUGAUGCAGAGAUGGUCUUGUAAAAACACUACUCUUUCAUAUAGUUUUAUGUAUCUGUAUUACUAUGUAUAGAUGUUAAAUAAAUCCAUUGACAGAGUAGUUUAUCUGACUGAAUUCCACUAAGAUUUUGUCAAGUCCUUUUGUGACCAAACUUUUUACAGAUUUUUCAUCAAAGAUGUAUAGGAGUGGCCUACUAUUUAGUUAGUGAGAAUGUGAUUGCUGUUAUUAUUGCUCCUCCUUUAGAUGAUUAUGCUGUUGCUAUUGAGAAAAGUUAUACCAGAAUGAGAACUGUUCUUGUUAACAGAUGACAAUGUUUAAUUCAUCAGUGAUCAUUUUUUAUCA